AUGUGUCGUUGGAGAUUUACCUCUUGGCAGCAGGUGAGGUCAAAUGCAGAGGGAAGGAGCGGAAGAGCUUUGCUGACAGGUGGAGAAAACAUUUAGGCAUUUAGCUGUAAAGAAACAAAUGGACGAAAACAAAACGGCCCUGGUCGAGAGCCUCAUAAUAUGGCUGCAGACUUUCAACAUCUCUGCACCCUGCAGGACAGUGGAGGACCUGACUACUGGAGCAGUGAUAUCACAGGCAUUGAAUCAGAUAGACCCAUCAUGGUUCAGUGAUGGAUGGCUUAGUCGUAUCAAAGGGGAUGUUGAAGACAACUGGAGACUGAAGAUGAACAACCUGAAGAAGGUCCUUCAGAUGAUUGUUGAUUAUUAUAAUGAGGUCUUAGCCCAGGAGAUCUCGGACUUCCCCCUACCUGAUCUGGCUUUGGUGGCUGAGCGUUCAGACCCUGUGCAGUUGGGGAGGUUAUUACAGCUAGUGUUGGGCUGUGCUGUCAGAUGUGAGCGCAAACAAGAAUACAUUCAGAUCAUCAUGACCUUGGAAGAGUCUGUGCAGCAUGUGGUCAUGACAGCCAUCCAGGAGCUCAUGAGUAAAGAGACCGUGUCCCCAUUUGGAGCAGAGCUGUCAGGGGAUCUGGAACAGCAGCUUAAAAAAGCCCUAGAGGACCUGGCUGAACUUUUAGCCGAGAAGGAGGCUCUAGCUCAACGCUGUCAAGAGCUGGACAUACAGGUGGCUGUUCUUCAAGAGGAACGGAACAGCUUAUUGGCGGAAAAUGACGUUUUAACAGACAGGGCCAAUCAGCUGGACACGUUUGAUGACCCAAACACUCCCUCAGGAAAAAAACACAGCCAGUUACAGCAGCAGCUGGAGGCUGUACAGGAGGAGAACUUCAGGCUGGAGGCUGCAAAGGAUGAUUACCGGAUCCACUGUGAAGAGUUGGAGAAGCAGCUGAUUGAGGUUCAGCAUCGUAACGAUGAACUCACCAGUCUGGCAGAGGAAUCUCGAGCACUCAAAGAUGAACUCGAUGUCCUGAGGAACUGCUCAGACCGGGUGGUAAUGUUGGAGGCCUCUGUUGAGACGUACAAACGUAAACUGGAGAAUCUUGGUGACCUGAAGAGGCAAAUGAAGCUACUGGAGGAGAAUAACAUGACCUACAUGCAAAACACUGUUAGUCUGGAGGAAGAGCUGCGCAAGGCCAAUGCUGCCCGUGCACAGCUCGAGACGUACAAGAGACAGGUCCAGGAGCUACACAGGAAGUUGUCAGAGGAGACGAGGCGAGCAGAUAACCUGGCAUUUGAGAUGAAGAAACUGGAGGAGAAGCAUGAGACUGUAAUGAAGGAGAAAGAGAGAAUCAUCAUUGAGAGAGAUUCUUUAAAGGAGAUAAACGAGGAGCUGCGAUGCACACAGGUUCAGCAGCACCAGCUCUCCCAAGCAGGGAUGCUUCCCUCCAGCAGCCCCAGUCAUGAUAACCUGGCAGCUGAAUUAAUACCAGUGGAGUACAGGGAGAAGUUCAUCCGACUGCAGCAUGAGAACAAGAUGCUGAGGGUGCAGCAGGAGGAAUACGAGAGGGAGAAAAUCGAGGCUCUGCAGGCUCAGCUUGAAGAAGCACAUAAGACACGCAGCGAACUGGACACUGAGAACAGAUUAAGUCGAGAGCGCGUCAGUGAGCUGCAGCAGCAGGUGGAGGAUCUUCAGAAGGCUCUGCAGAGUCAGGCAGCCAAACCUGAUGAUUCCAACCUGAAGAGGAAACUUGAUGCACAUAUGGUCCAGCUAAAUGAGGCUCAGGAUGAAAUCUUGAAGAAGAAAGAGCUGCUGGAGGACCUUCAGCCCGAUAACACUCAAACCUCUUUGAAGCUUGAUGAGCUGAUGGCUGCUCUGAAGAAAAAGGAUGAUGACAUGAGGGCCAUGGAAGAACGGUACAAAAUGUACCUGGAGAAAGCUCGCAAUGUGAUCCGAGCACUGGACCCAAAGCUGAAUCCAGCCACUGCUGAGAUUCAGGCUCUGAGGAACCAGUUGGCAGACCGGGACAAGCAGAUACUCAACCUGGAGCGUCAGUGUGAGCAGGCCAGACUGAAAGAGUAUGAAGAGAAGCUGAUCGUCACAGCCUGGUAUAAUAAGAGUCUGAACUUCCAGAAGUUGGCCAUUGAAUCACGUCUCGGGGGCCGCGCUUCCUCUGCGUUGUCUCCAGGACAGUCCUUCUUGUCCCAACAGCGGCAAGUGUCAAACGCCCCACGCCGGGCGCUGUCCAUCAGCGUGCCUGCUACUACGACUACCUCAAAGUAAAACGCAUCAUAGAGCCAAAAGUCUCACCUUAUUCAAGUGAAGGGAAAAUCCACCCUCAGUGUCUCCCACAAGUGGACACUUAAGUGACCUUACAUAAGUCUGCGCACAGCGCCUGGGGAGGAGUCCAGAAUAGGGCGAUUGGGAUCGAAGAGCACUUGGUUAUCAAACUGAACCCUAAAGGUCACACAGCUGAGUUCAUUACAUACUGACCCCUGACACACUGCCUACAGGCUGACCCUCCAUUGAACAUUAACCCAUAACCUCUGCUCCCCUCAGUGGCUAAAGUUGCUCAUGCUGUCCUAGCAGUACUUCCACAUUCUGCUUUUCACUCUUCUGCCCUGUGUAUUUGCUUUGCCAACUGCAGACUGAGCUGAAUAAUUCAGUGUAAUCAGUUUGGUUUUUCCUAUUUCCUGUGUACUUGGUUAGGGAUGAGGAAAAUGUACGUGAAUGCUUUAUGAUUUUAUUCUGAAUUGGAGCCCAAAAUCUGAAUGUGCUUUCUAAAAGAGAAUUACUUGAAUGCUAACACUAACAUAUAAUGUAUCUUAAAUAGUUGAUGUAUGUUCAGGUGUACUAUUACACUAUGGAGUGAAAGGGUCCCACUGUUGUCAUUCAGCAGAUUUAUGAAAAGGCACACAUGCUUUAGAUCUGUCUCUUAAAUUUUCAUUUUUGCAAAAAAAAAGAAAUUUGGUGCUGGUCACCAAAAGCUUUUAAAUGUCAGGAAUUACUUACCUUUUCACCAAAUUUUCUACUGACCGUGGCACAUUUAAAAUUGUCAAAAUCCUAUUAAUAAUACUUAGUGAUGGACCUCUGAGGUGCUGUUAAUUAGUUUUUUACUCUCCUGAAUAUGUGAUUUGAACUCUGCACCGGCAGCAUGCUCUACAUGACAAGUUUUAGGCCUUUAUAUUAUUCUCUCAAUAUCUUGAAUAUUAUUUAGUAAUGAUUAAUCAAGAUUAUAAUGUAUGAAGAUAUAUAGCUGUAAUGUAAUUCUGAUUUAACACCAGCUUUUAAUCCAAAUGUAAGAACCAGGUUCAGACUAUACCUGACAAUUGUAACUUUAAAAUGGAAUGACUUUAGACGCUGUUGUACUUAAACACAGGUUGAUUGAUUGCUGACUCUUUGUAUGUUUGCAAUAACUAGAGGGGCUUUCUGUUUAGUCUUUGGAUUUCCUGUAUGUCAGCGCUUUAGUCUGUGCAGUUGACAACUGUUGUAGAUUACUCACUUAUUAGCAGAGCCAUGAACUAGUUUGGACGUAGCACAGCUCCGACACUACACAUGCUUUAACUAUUUGUGUAUAAAUUCAAGGCGAGGCUAAUUUUCUGUUAUUAUAAGACACUAGAAUUUAAAAUCUUUGGGUUUAUGUGUGAAUAAAUAAAUUCUUUUUUUCUAAA